AUGAUUUUGGGAAUCACCCAGAGAUGAACUACCUGCAUAAGAAUUUUUAUUGUUUUGUCACGAUUUAUGAUGUAAGCUAUUUAAAAAUGGUUCUGCCUAUAUAGAUUAACAUGAAGAAGAUAUCCUUUAAAGGAAUGAGACUGUCAAGUCAAGGAGUCGAAAGACAAUCAGGUGAAAACAGUGAAACUCCCAUCAGUACACUUGUUGCAGCAUCAGUUGAAAGUGACAAUGUGGCACCAUCUGGAACGUUGAUUGAUGAGCCUUCAAUGCGUAAAAAGGAAAAAUUUGGACUUUUCAAAAGCUUUAAAAGAAAAUUGACGUUAAAUUUUAGGCGAAAAACAGAUGAAACUGACCACACUCACUCUGAAUCUCAUUACACUGCUCCUAACAUUUGUGAUUCAAAUUCAAAGAAAAAGAAGGGAAGAUGUCGUAAAACAAUCUGUGAUGCUUCAUUAAAGUCUAAUUCCUCAUCUCAUAGUUGUGAUAGCUUAGAUCUGACAACAUCUCCAAACAAUUUACACAAGUUUAGUGAUUAUCAUAUGAAUACAGAUUCUAAUUCAUUAUUGACAAAAGAUAAAGUUAGUUAUCGUAAUAAAGACAUCUCAAGAUUUCAGCAAAGUGAUCAUAUAAAACCUGAAAAACACUCAAAAGAAAAAUUGAUUACAUAUCAAGAGGUACAACGAAGUGGGCAAGGAAAUUCUGUGUAUGCCUCGUCAAACGGACACUGUCUCAACUUGACCAGUUUUGUCUCAGUUGAAAAAAGACUUAAUAAUUCUCAGGAGCUGCUGUGCCAUCCAGAAAUUCUUGAUGAUGAAGGUGGUCCAAAAAUCUGGAGUUUAACGCAAGAAUUGUUCAGACUUUCAAAAUUUGGAUGGUAUUGGGGUCCCAUCACAAGAGUGGAAGCAGAAGAUAAACUGUUAAAUCAGCCUGAUGGUGCUUUUCUUGUUAGAGAUAGCUCUGAUGAGCGCUAUUUGUUAAGUUUAAGUUUCAGAUCAUAUGGUCGAACUUGGCAUACAAGAAUUGAACAUUGUAAUGGAAUGUUUAGUUUCUAUGCACAACCAGACACUGAGGGAUAUCCCUCUAUUGUUGAUUUAAUUGAACAUUCGAUGAAUGAUUCUCAGACUGGAAUAUUUUGUUAUUCUCGUUCAAGAUCCCCUGGUGCUCCGUCAUUCCCGGUUAGACUGACAAAGCCUGUGUCAAGGUUUACCCAAGUCAGAUCGUUGCAAUAUUUGUGUCGUUUUGUCAUUCGUCAAUAUACUCGUUAUGACCAUAUUCAAGAACUACCACUGCCGAAAAAGAUAAAGGGAUGGAUUGAGGAAAAUCAAUAUUGAUAUUGAACAUUUUCAUUUUUGUUUCUUACAUUUAUACAUGUAUGAAUUGAAGUCAAGAGUAGGUUUAAAUGUUAUGAUUAUAGUCAUGAUAGUAAGGGAAAUGAAGAAGAAAAUAGGUCUCUUAACCAUCACUUUGCAUCCAAUUGUUUCAACACUAUCCAUUGCUAGCAUCACAUGCAACAGCCCAUAAAGAAUUUUCUUUAUAUGGUUUCCUGGCACAGUGGGCACAUCAUACAAAUGUACAUUUACCACAUCUCCUUUUUUUAUACAUUUUAUGAAUUAUUAAAAAAAUAUAUGUAAAUUUAUUUUAUUAUACAUCAUGGACAUUCAUAUGAUGGAUAUACUUUUUUUGUUAAACAAGCUUGUAAAUUGAUAAAAUUUCUAACAUACACUUUUUGUAUUAAAAGUGGCAAAUUUCAAUGAGAUUUAAGAAAAUUAUCCUUCUGAUUCAGUAACAAAUUGUAUAUUUUAAGUAACCAAAAAGUGAAGCUUAAAUGAGGAUCAUU